AUGCUUGCUUUUCCCAUCAUAACCGCAACCACCGUAACCGGCGCCCUACUGAAACAAGUCGUCGAGGUGCUCAUCGAAAACGACGUAUACCUGGGUAUUCUUCACGUGAAGGUCAAGUCGGACGUCGCCUGGAUGCCGUUAGAAAUUGAUGCUCUGUACUCGAAGGAAACUAUCGAAGAAUUCCUAGACGGUCUGAAGAAAGAAGAUCUGGCCCGAAUUCAAAACAAGAUUCACCUGGUCUGCUUGUCGAGUGAAGAUGAGAUGGGGAGACAGCUCUGGAUCGUCGAUAAGGGCCGACUUCGCGCAUGGAACGAUGAUUACAAACCGGUGGAGCAGGCAGCCGAGCCCAUCAGAAACUGCUUGGAAAGGCAGCAAGCUGCCAUGGAUGAUAUCAUCAAAUACUAUGAGGAAAAUAAGGGCAAUUUGGCCGAUAUGCGAACAAUGGCCGGGCAGAUCAGGUUCGGCAGAAAUGCGAAUCAAUCCAGCUGCAACCUCAUCAUCCACAGCAAAGACCUGUCGGACCGCGCGAUCACCAAACAGCUGGCUGAGGUGUUUUUGGUGCUGGCAAAAGGCAAAGCGCAAUCUAUCUGUGUAUUC